AUGGAGAGAAAAGAAGAAAACAUGGAUGUGGAUGGUCCUGUUCUUCGUAAACAAGAUAUGGAGUGCAAUUGGGAAAAAUAUUCCUGCAAAGGCCCAGGAAACAUGACUUGUCAGUUUGCUCAUGAGUACUCAAGUACACAAAAAGUACAUCGCUGGAACAUUACAGAAACUACUUACGAUCUUAUUGACCACUUUUGUAAACUAGAAAAAGAAAACUUGAAACAAAAGUUUGCAUAUAUAUUCUCAGAAAAAAUACAACUGAUGAUACGAUCACACACCACGACAGAAGAUGAAAUGGAGGUUAUGAGGAUAGUGCAAAGCAUAGAAGAAAAAUUGUCAAACUUGUGGUAUCUGGAGAUGAAUAGUGUGGUGUCCAACAAAUUAGGAUAUUCACCAUCAUUAAAGAAACUUACAGAUUCUCAUUGCUUAGUCUUAACUCCAUUUUCCACAGAAGAGAGAAGGAGAAGAAUUUGUAUCGUCAGUGACAGUCUAUCUAGUUUGAAAAAUUCAUAUGAAACCCUUUGUCAUGAAUACAUGAGGGGAAAUGCUCUUUCUAUUGCCACUUUAUCAACAGUUUCCAACUCUCGAGAAAUUUUAGCAUCUAAAAGCAGCUCUAAUGCAUCUGCAAAUGUUGGAAACCAACCUUCUCAACCAACUCCAAAAUCAGAAAGUGGUCAAGAAAAAUGUUUUGAGUUGUUGAUUGACAGAACAACAAUAAAAGUAUACCAAAAGUCAGUUCUUGAUGUGAAGGCAGAUGCCCUUGUGAAUGUUGCCAGUGAGCGCUUAACCCAUGAUGCCAGUGUUUCCAAAGCAAUCUGGGAUGCUGCUGGUUUAGAAUAUUGGGAUGAAUGUGAUAAAAUUCUGGAAGAAAAUAGCAUGAAGCUAAAAAUAUCUAAGUGUUAUGAAAGUAAACCUGGUAGACUAAGUAAGAGCUUCAAAGUCAUUCUUCAUGCAGUUGGUCCUAUUUGGACAGAUUAUGAAAAUAAGGAGGAGUGUCUAAUGUUUUUAAGACAAACCAUUUAUAAUUUGUUGAAGAAAGCAGACUUAUUGCGUGUUACCUGUAUUGUGAUACCAGCAGUAGACUCAGGACCUCUUGGAAUUCCUUUUGAAUUGUGUGCUGAAUCUUACAUUCUUGAGACUAAACAAUUUAUUUGUGAUUAUAUUCCAAUCCAUUUGAAAGAAGUUCACCUCAUAGCUACUGAUCCUUCAACACUGAAGGAGUUGUUGGCUGCAUCCAAAAAAAUAAAGACUGAUCCAUUGUCUUCAUCAGCAGUUGCAUUGAAAUCUGGAUAUCCUCAACAUUUUGGGGGCACAGAUCAGAAUGCAUUCAGAUAUGCUGCUCAGUCAAUCAGCACACCAUCAAGCAGACAACAAUUAGAAUUUAAAAUAGGAAAUAUUAACGUGAAAAUAUAUAAGGAUUCCAUACUGAAUGUAAAAGCAGGUGCAAUUGUUAAUGCUGCAAACGAAAAUUUGUCACAUGGUGCAGGUGUUGCACUUGCUAUUUAUCAAGCUGCUGGAGAAGAAUUCAACAAAGAAUGUCAAAGAAAACUUAAAACACUAAACAGAGCAUUGCAUCCAGCAGAGGUAUUAGAAACAUCCCCAGGAAAUUUGAAAAUGAAUUUCAAGUAUAUACUUAAUGCUGUUGGUCCUCGAUGGGAUUUAUAUAUGGACAAAACUCAGUGUAUAUUUCAUCUGAACCAGACUGUGAAACAAAUUUUGGAAAAGGCAGAUAGUCUCAAGAUUUCUUCAAUAGCAAUGCCAGCUAUAAGUUCUGGAAUUUUUGGAGUGCCUCUGCCAUUGUGUGCAGAAAUGUAUUUGCUUGGAAUUCAUGAAUUCAGUAAACAAAGUCAUUUUUGGGUGAGAGAAAUUCACAUAGUGGAUCAUAAUGUGAAUGUUUAUAAUGAGCUUACUGCAGCUUAUGAUAGAUACCAAAAAGACCCUCUGUCCAUUGGCAUAACAAGUGCAAAGUCACGUUAUCCCAGGUUGAUGAAAACUUUACCACCACCAUCAAAUAGAGAGAAAACUGAAAACGUAAGCUCAUCUUCAAGGCAUGACUUCGGAAGAAGCCAUUCUUCAGAAUCGGGGUAUUCUGCCAAACAUCAGGAACCAAAUACCGCAACAUUAACAACAGGUGAUACAGACAGGGAGGUCAGAAACCCCAAUUCUAAUAGGCAUGGCUGCUUAAAGAAUCUUGUAAAACUUCCUGAUAAAAGUAUAGGACAGCAAGCUGCAAAAGUGUUCGAAAUUCAAGAUGUGCUGGUUGUUAAGAUUCACACUGGCAGUAUUGUAAAGUUUCAAGGAGAUGCCAUAAUAUGUAGCAAUGAUGAUGGAAUGACUGGUAUUGGUCCAUUAGCAAAAGCAAUAGCUACAGCUGGGGGUUCAAAAUACAGUGAAAGUUAUUCUAAAAUCAGAAGCAAAUAUGGAUAUGGAAGUAUCAAAGGAAAACAAGGAGACAUUGAAACCUGUAGUGGAGGGGAAUUAAGGGUGGGCUUUGUUGCUCAUGCUGUUAUAAGUUCUAUGAUUAGGGCAGACAACUACAAUCUUAAAUUAUACGGAGACACACUGAAGAGCAUAUUCUGUACAAUCUUCAACUACAAAAAAUCCAGAAAGUUUGCUAUGCCUUUGAUUGGAGCAGGUCAGAUUGAAAAGAACUCGGAGGACCUAAGGAAAUGCUGUUCUACAUUCUUUCAAGCUCUUGCUGAAUUCUGUCAGAACUAUCAGCCAAAUUAUGGUGUAAAGGAACUUCAUUUGAUUAACAGAAAUCCCACUGUUACUAAAUCACUGGUGGACGUUUUUGAAUGCAAUGUCAGCAAAGAAGCAAAUGAAGCUGUCCAAACUCCAUCCAGACAUCACAGAUCAAGACCUGGAAGUGAGACAGCACUGGGACAUGACGACCAAACAACAGUUAAUGGUCACCAUAGAAUCCUCAACAGACAAAACAGUUGGUCCCAUUCAAAAUCUGGAGGAACUGUAGCUGAUAGAAAAGAAUUGGAUUUCAGAGGAACAGGGGCACGUCCUAAAACAGGGAGGUCCACUUCAAUGUCUGAGAAAAAGUCAAUCACAGGGGCUGAGAGAAAGGACAAGAAACCAAACAUUCAAGAACUCAUUGCCAUGAGCAGUGUUUCAAUGGGCAGUUAUGAUGAAAGUGAAAUUCCUGGAAAUACAACGUCAGCUGGGAAAAAUGAGGGAAACCUGAACAUCAUUGGGUUAGGUGAUGAUAGUGACAGCAAUGGUUCUAGUGAUGAUGACAGAAAUGAGGACCCAGGUAUUGCUGCUAAAACAGCAACUUGUGUCAUUUGUUUGGAUAAUAUUAAAAAUGGCAUUAAACUCACCUGUGGUCAUGAAUUUUGUAAAGGCUGUCUUACACAGUCUUUUUCCCAACACAAACAGGCAUGUCCUGUGUGCGGGAAGAUUUUUGGAGAAAUCACUGGAAAUCAGCCCCCAGGAAAAAUGACUGUAGAAAAAGAAAGACGACCUUUGCCAGGGUAUGAAGGGUUUGGAACCAUUGUUGUCAAGUAUAAGUUUAAUCCAGGAACCCAAGGGCCAGAUCAUCCUAAUCCUGGUAAACCCUAUGAUGGGACAGAGCGACGAGGAUUUCUCCCAGACAACGAGGAGGGAAGAAAAGUUCUGAGACUGCUACAGACGGCGUUCGACAGAAAACUGACCUUCACCAUUGGUUAUUCCAGAACCACUGGAAAAGACAAUGUGGUGACCUGGAAUGACAUUCAUCACAAAACCAAAAGGGACACAGGGGCUCAGAGAUUUGGAUACCCUGAUCCCACCUACCUACAAAGAGUUCAAGAGGAGCUAGCAGCCAAGGGGGUCACAGAGUGAAUGAGAGAGAUUCUAUAAAAAGAUUUAUAAUAUUUUAUUCUAGUUUUAGGUUUCUUGCCAAAAGAAAAUAUUUUAUUUAGUUCAUUAGGCCAUAAAAAACCAAUUUCUUGGUUCUCAGGUGCCUCAUUGACUUUUUUUUAUUGCUAAAUCAAUAAAAUAAAAAACAACAAAUUACCUCCCUCAUCAUUUUUCGAGGUUUUGUACAAUUUAAAAAGCUGCCUCAUCAUGUUUUGGGGCAAUAAAAAAGUAAAAAAAAGAAGCUUUCCUAUCUCAUCAUAUUUCUUGAAAAAAGGUCUGAGAACCAAGGAAUUAACUUCGCAUGGCCUUAUAGUUACUCUAUAUUUUCAAGAUUGAUGCUUUUAUUUUUCAAUUAUAUAUUCUGGAAUGAUAAAGAAAAGAAAAAUUUGAGUAUUUUGAAUAGAAUGUAAAUACAAUGUUUUUAUACUCUAAUUUUAAUCCUUAGGGCAAAAUGUGCUGUGAUAAAAAAAAAAUGGAUUUUUGCUUUAUGUAUUAUAGAAGUAGAAAUGUAUUGUUACUGCAGUUAUAUUGUCCUAUUCAUAGUUUAUAGUGUAAUGUUUACAUUCACUGUAAUUUUCUUUAUGAAAUCCAUUAGAAGUUCAUGACGUUCAAAUUUCUAUAACACGCGCGAAACCUUGUCACUGCGCGUUAGAUUACACAGUAGGAACUAUAUCAUGUAUAUGCAUUUUCAAUACGCCAGGAACACCAAACUGUACAUUGUUUUGACGCUAUUUUAUAAAAGAAAUUAACCCUGUUAAAUUAAUGUAAAAAUACAACAAAUGUGCAUUUAAAAUUAAUUUGUCACUUUUUUCCUCGCAAUGUUCAUUUGCAUUAUUUAACUUUGCAAUGUCACAAAUGGCUCUUAUGUCUAUAAAGCACACCAGUUUUGAAGGGAGCUAAAUUCACAAUAAAAAUUACCUAAAUAAACAAUUAUGAAGAGGAAAAAUUAGAGAAUGUAAAUAUAAGCAUUGAAUUCAUAUUUUGGGAUGUCUUCAGACCUAUAACAUACCUGGCCAUGCCAACAUACUGCACUAACGUUGGGAAUUCAAUUUGUCGGCACGGCCAGGUGUGUUAUAAGACCAAAGACAUCCCAAAAUAUGAAUUCAGUGCUUAAACCAUUUCAUGAUUUGUUCUAUUAGACCCAUAGGAAACCAAAAUGCUGAAGGGAGCAUGUUCCAUUUUAAAUAAAUCAGAAUUCUUCUGUAGAUAUACCUCUUUUUUUAAGAGAGUGAAAUGACAAACAUUUACAAAAAUAACAUUUAGUGUAUAUAUAUAUAUAUAUAUCUUAUUUGGUUGAUAUUUGAAAUCUGUCAUUGUCAAAGAUAAAAAAUGGAUGAAAACCAAGUUUUAAAGAACAUACUUACAGUGAAUUCACAUUUACAGCAGAAUGAUUUUCUCUGUAGUUAUCAUGAAUCAUGUUUAUAAGUACCGAUAAGCAAUUUUGUUUUUUCUUGGCACAUUGCUAAAAAGCAGCUCUUCUUAAGAAAUUUAUAUCAAAAUUGGAUGUAUUUUUUCUUUACUUCAGUUUGUAUUAAAAAAAAAAACAGUUAUUGCAAAUGAAUAGUGUUUCACUGUAGGUCAUGAAACGAUAACAGAUCAUUGUUAAUUUUGCAAAUUAUGUAUAUUCUCAUAAUGAUAGAGUCAUUUCCCUUGGCAAUUUACUUUUGUUACUUUUGUAAAAUGAAAAUUAUAUUAAAUUCAAGUUAUAUAAUUUUAUAAUCAUAAUUCUUUGUGAAUGAUUUUCAAAAGAAAAUUAAUCAAUACUGGUUAAUAUUUAUAGAACUAGUUUUCUAUGUAGAUUGAU